GAGCCCCCCACUCCGGUGACCUCGGCGUCAGGCCGGCUCGGCGCUGGCGAAGGCCAGGACGCCGCGGACGCGUUCAGCUUCGACAUAGGCGGCGAGGACGGCGACGGCUCGGCCGGCUCGGACCCCUCCGACCUCGCCGCCGCCGACCUCGGCGGGCGCCCCGAGCACACCGGGCCCGAGGCCGCGCGGCGGGGCGCCGCCGGCCCGGACCUGCUCGGGGGCUGACGCGCCGCGGGGCGCGGCGGGGCGCCCGCCCAUCGGCGGCGCGGUUCGAUAGGCCCGCGGCAGGCUCCGUGCGGCGUGGGCGCGGCGGCGGCGCCGGCGAAGGCGUUCGCCUUCGCGGGCCACCAUAUCUCCGCACCGUGAGCGUCCUGCCCUCUGGCCUCCCUGCCGCGGUGCUGGAGGCCGUCCUCGGGGCCGGGCGGGCCGCCAUGGCCCCCUUCUCCGUGUCAAACUCCCGGACACGUCGGCGGCAGGCUCGUGUGCGGCGUGGGCGCGGCGGCGGCGCCGGCGAGGGCGUGCGAGGUCGGGCGAGCGGCGCGGCGUCGAGGGCCUGGGCUCGCGCGCCGACGCCGCGCGAGCCUGCCGCACCCUCGCCGAGCAACGAGUCGGGCAACUCGACGGGCGGCGGGGGUGGG